UCCUUGAACCCGUCUGCCAAGCUACCCUACUUCCAGAGCGCGCCAUCGUGAGAAGCCUCGAUGUCCAGCUACCCUGGAGAAAGUGCGCAUACUUGGUCGCAUCAGCCCUCGUUCAGCUACCAUAGGCCUGAUAUCUCACUUUACCCUCAUCAGACCCACCCAAGUACCGGAUUACAGCCCUUCCACAGUGCAUAUGGCAAUGGCGGAAUCCCCAAUUGGCAAGGCAAUGAACACGACAUUCAAGUUGGGGCAGCACUCGCAACACAUUCAACAACCCUUCCAUAUCCUCGAGCCAUUCAUCGUGAGAGUUCUUGGGACAGAUACCAGCAUCCUCCGGCAGCGUUUCCUGUACAUCCGUAUGACAACGCAACGACCUCGAGCCCCGUGAUGAUGCCCCCAAAAACCUCUCAAUAUGGGCAACGAAGCCAAUUCCAGGAUUAUGAGACCCACAACCACACUGCAAGCACGGAUGGUUCGUGGCACUACCAUGCUGGUGGACCACAAGGUGUCUUUGCCUCACAUGGCUCAUCUGAUACCCCCGCAGCACCCUUGUCCACGUUACCACCGAGCGCGACGGGACCGCUGGUGGACGGUCGUCAUCAAUCACCAUACUACUCCGACGGCAUGGACAGGCACCCAGUAAGAGACUUCGACCAGAUUCACAAAACCUCAGCUUACUCUUUCCAUAAUGCCCAUCAGACUCGGCAGGAGGUCGACUGUGGGGAUGGCGACGACGAUCUCCAAGCACUCGACUUCUGUGACCCGCCACCAGGCUCCGUUAUGCAACGAAGAAUCCAGGCAAUGACUGCAAACAUCGAUGAAGAUGACACGCUACAGUCCAAUCAGCUCAUCGUGGUCUCCCAGUUCUUUCGUAACGGGAAGGAAGAAGUUUAUCUGGCAAAUAUCAAGAACAAGACAGACGGAGAGAUACUCAAGGAAGAUCCCAUGUUUGCAGAUAUUCCCCAAGAUGGAGAGGUAACCACCUUCGAAGAAUUGGACAUACGCAAGCAGACACUGCUAUCGAGCAUGGCAUUCGACACUGUCGACAAUUAUCUACAAAGCUCUACCGACGCCGAAGUUGACCAUCCUGGGCGAAAUGCAGAUCACAGAGCCUUGUCCGUGGAGCAAGAGCAUCGUCUUGCCGCACUUGGAGUUACAGGUCCCCCAAAGCCAGUCCAGGCUUACGAUCCUAGCACGACGGAAGCGCCUAGUCCGCCUCUGUACGACUUGCGACCGGUCAAUGACACCUAUCGAGAACAGAUGCAUCCGACAGAGCCUCAGCAGACAAAAUUUGAUUCCCAACGUGUGAACCCCUCCAACAACGACAGUAGAAAGCAGAACAACAACAAUCAAGGCUCCAAGAACAAGAAAAACAAGGACAAGAAAAAGCGCCAGAACCAGCAACACAAGCAGCAAGGACGUACCCAGGCUCGAUAUCGAGGUCGUUCUCCUAGCACGUUGAGCAGCCAACACUAUGAUCCUAGGCACGAUCAUGCCGGGCCACCAUCGUCAGGACACUCUCAGCAGAGGAGUAAUGAGCAGGGCCGAAAGCGAGCAUACGAGGAACCACGACAGUAUGUGCGCAGUGGUGACGGUGGGACACCUGGGAAGCGGCGCAAGAAUUGA